CAACACCGGUUGCGAGACAAGGGAAGUAAUGACGAUGAAUUAAUUUGUCAAAACAAACAUGUACAUGUUCUUGAAUAAGACAUUUUAGGUGUUGGACACCCUUUGGAGGGAAUUGUCGCACACAGUGAAGAAGAAAAGGUUCAAAGUAGAACAAGGUAUGCAGAUCUUGACUGGCUAGGGGUCACAGGUUUUGGUUAGAAUGAAGAUCAGGGUGUUAAAUGUAAUCCAUGGCGAGAAGGUUCCCCUACAUCUUCCCCUGCUAGUGGGGGAGAUCCACGCCCUCACAGAUGAUGGAAUCAUACAGGUGCGCAACGCCACUCGCUGUGAAACCGUUGCGACAAAAUGGCCAAUCAUUGAAGGAGCUUUCAAGGUCCUUGUUCGUUUGAUACCCGGAGAAAACAACAUCUACCUUACACAUGAAGAUGAAACCCUCUUGAUUUCCCUUGUGUUCACGUUCCCAUAUUUCAAAUACUUUGUAAGACCUUUGUACAUUGUUCUUGCGGGAGACGAUGGGAACUUCCAGGGGCCCGAAGAUGAAGACUGCUCCAUGGAGUCCGCCCUGGAGAGAAUCAAACUUGGCGCCAUGUUGAUCCAGACUUUCACGGCUGAGAAAAUGAAGGAACAUGGCUUUGGACGUGUUACAUUCCAGCUUGAAGUUGAUGCCAACUUUGAGCCAGUGUGCAAUGUAUUUCAUAGUCAGCUGACCGUAGAGGAAGCAAGUUCUAUGACUGGUGGUGAUUUAUGGAAUUACUUCGCACGGGAAUUGAUGACAUCAUCACAUUUUGAGAACAAGGAGGCUUGCAAGUUUUACUGUUUUAUGUCAUUCACAAGAUACUCACCACCAGAAAGUGAGAUUCCAGCUACUCACAGUGAAAUACUCAAAUAUACCAAAGGACACACUGCUCUUGGUGGGGGAGGUUUGGCGUUAUUUGGCACAGGAAAUCUGCACACCUGGGCAGCGGCGGUCAGUGAUGUACAGAGACGCUUCACUGACUCUCGCAAGAUUGACAGAUCCAGACUCAUGGACGACAGUGCCUACAGGGAAUUCUAUUGGGCCAACUAUGCGACAGGGCUGGGUGCUUCUCUACAUGAACUUGGCCACACAUUCGACCUUGCCCACACUCCAUCAGGGAUCAUGGCCCGAGGAUUUGAUGACCUUCACAAAGUGUUCAUAGUUCAGAGGUCAAAGUUGACUGGGUCAGGGGAUCACUCUGGUGACUUUCAGAGGUCAACAAGUGAAACUGGGUCAAGUUUGUCAUCUUUGUCAGACGAAAGUGACGGUCAUGAAACACUUGCAAAGAAAAACCCAACUGCAUGUAACAGAAAAACAGAUGUCUGUUACGGAAGCCCUUACAGGAAGCCCUCUUUGCCGCGGAAAAGUUCUAGUGGUAAUGUAUAUAUAGCGCCACCACCGUUAGUUGUUGUAAUGGAGCAAGGGUUCCGCCCAAAUCCUGUGCCACAGACGAUAAGCUUCAGCAUUCGCAAUUACGAUGGGAGUCAUACCUGUCAGACGAUAACUCAUGAUGCGGAAACAGAGCGGAUUACAGAAGUCACCCUGGCAGACACUGGGAAACUUUGUUCAAACAAUAUGAAAAGAGAGCGUCACGCCAGCAGUGAGUCUGGCAUGAUUGCCACUACAGCCUCUCAGUCACCUGCGAGGGUCAUUCCUUCCCACCUUCCAAACUCACCCACAGAUACAGAACGUAACAUUGCCAGCAUUCAGUACAGUGAUGACGGGGCGCACUGGUAUAGAGCCUCAGCAGUGCUGCUUCGCUUCCAUAAAUGGUUCAACAAGUUCAGCACACAAGAUUUGAAGAAGCACAUCUGUAUGUCAGGGUCUCGAAUCACAUGCAGUUACGGUUUCCGGCUGGUUGAGCUACGUAGUGAGCCAGAUGGUGUGGUGUUCCAGCACUGGGAGUACCUGUCUCAGACUCCCCCGCUCGAGUUCACGCUGAAGGCCUCGAGACUCAAGAACCUUCCAAAAGACUCAAAAAGUGUCACUAUUGUUGCAGAAGACAGUGUGGGAAAUAUUUUAAGAAAAAAGGUGGAUUUAGAGCUCUUUGAAUGAGGAAAUGUUGGUUUUUCUUUUAGAAAAGUUUACGUAAGAUGUUUUCUGUGUUUAAAUGUUAAUAGUUUAAAUUGUAGAAAUGUUAAGCAUUGAUACAACUCUGUGUUGUAUGUGAUUUGUGGGUAAUUUAGCUGGUGUUUAUAUAGAUAUUUUUAAAGUUUAUGUUCUAUAAUACAUGUGUAAUUGUUAUUCAAUCUUAUAGUUACAAGUCCAUUUUAUUUGACAAAGUAUGUAGUUAAAAUAAAUAUCAUUAUAAAAAUUAAGUUUUAAAGCAGUCUUUAGAGAUAAUUACUUAAAAUUUGAGUGCCAUUGUGUUAAAAUUGGUGUGGCUAUAGCUUUUGUAAGCACGCCAUUUAUCGUGACAUUUUCAUUACAUUGUUUUGAGAGCCCACACUUUCAUAUUAUCAAGGGACUUUACUGCAUAUUUAGACAUAUGGUAAAUUGCUGUUGUAGAUAUAUGUUACACACUUAUAUUUACCUGGUGAAGUGCAGAAUUAGCUCCCAUUGGAAAUGUACUUAUUUAUUGUAUUUGCAUUUUGCAUCCUGUUUGCAUGAAAACAUGUUAAAUGAAUAAAUCAAUGUCAUGACUUUCAAACAAUUUAACUUAUGACUAUAUACAUGUGUAUUUAUAAACAGUUUUAAUUAGGUCAUACUUAAAGAUUUUUUUUAUUUUCCUGCAAACAUUAAAAGUUUAGAUUAAGUUGCUUUGUUAUCAAACAUUCAGCAAAAAAAAGUUACCAAAUGUAGGUUAUACAAAAUAAUUAUAUGACAGAAUUAAAAUUGUAUAUUACGAUCAUGCCAAAAGUGUGGGCUUUAAUAUUGACAUUUUCUCUGAAUGUUAUUGUACUUGUUCAAAUAAUACUAGUACAUGGUAAUGGUAUGAGAACUUGUAUUGUUUAAAGCUUUGAAUACAUGUACAUGCAUGCAUCUGUUACAACAUAUUGAACUGAUAAUUUAGUUGAUAUUGGCAGACAUAUACCUCUUAUAUUUUAUCAGGGUUGUUUAAUGAAUGUUGGAUUUGUAUUUCAUGAAUGUUGUUCUGUCAAGGAGAGUUUAUUGUCCUUGUUGUUGUUAAGAAAACCAUUUGCUUGUUGGUCCAGCUGCUGGCAGUGCUUGAGUCGUUGUGUUUUAAUCUACUAUGUAUAUAUAUAAGCUGCGCUUUAAAAAACAAAAGGACUUCACUCAUGUUGAUUAAGUGUCUUCCCAGUUUAUCCUGUGCUAAUAUGGGAUGACAUUUUUAGGGUGCAUGUGUUAAGCCCAGUUUUCCCAGAGCAAUAUAUAUAUAUGAGAAUCAGUGGAAAGUGCCAAUGUAUAUUAACCAGAAGUGUUGCUGUGUCAUACAGAACAAUUUAGACUUGUAUAGCCAAAUAAGUGGGAAAAUACUGUUCUAUCCAAAAGCAGUGCACUUGCAUCAUUAAUGGGAUUCAAAUAAAGUGUUAAUGCAUUUUUUUCGUGUGCGUGUAGAAUUUUUUUGUUAAAAAAAAAAGAAAUCUAUCUGGCAAUCCACAUGAGACCUCUAAAUACAUGUUUAUACCACUUAAAUUAAAGCUUGCUGUAAGUGCUUUAUAAAUUACAAAAUAAGCAGCCACAUUUGAUUAAAUAUAUUUUGGUCAAUAUUAUGAGUACUUGAAAAGCACUUCGCAAAUAUAAUGAUGAUGUGUAGUAUUGAAAAUCAAAUACCAGUAAAUGUUUAUCAGCCGGUUUGAGACAUUUUGGUCAUGUAUAGUCUGAAGAAGUUUUUAUAUGAAAUGUAUGAAUGUUCGUGCUUUGACAGGCAGCAUGUUUUGUCUUUAGACCACUUAAGCCUUUGAAUCCAGUAUGGGGCCAGUGUUGUUGUGUAUUUUUUGGUAACUUUUUGUAAAUUGUUGUAAACUGGCUUAUUGGUGUGUGUUUAUGCACUGUAUUUAGACAAUGAAAGCAAUUAAUGGCAUAUAGAUAUGUCACUAUACAUGUAUAUAUCCCACUAAUUUGUUGUUACACUUUGCAUGUGCAAUACAGCUCUGGUGAUAUGGUUUGCUGCAUACUUGUUUGUAAAAAAAAAUUGGUUGAAAUUAAUACUGAAAUUAAGAUUUUUUAAUUUUAGUAGUGUCUAUAUUGUUGAACAUUAGUUUUUAUGCUCCCCGAAAAUUUUCGGGGAGCAUAUAGUUGCCAGUUUGAAGUUCCUUACAUCCGUACUUCCUUACUUCCUUCCUUCCUUCCAUCACACUUUUGUUACAGUUUCUCAUAGCUCCUUCAAUAUUUUACGGAUCUCUUAUAUAUUUGGCAUGUAGGUACCUUGCAUGUACCUCUACCUUUUGAUGAGGUUUGAGGUCACUGGGGUCAAGGUCACCAAGGCUAAUAAUAGAUUUUUCUGUCACAAUUUUGUUACAGUUUCUCAUAGCACCUUCAAUAUUUUUCCGAUCGCUUAUAUUUCAUGGACCUCUACCUUUUGAUGAGGUUUGAGGUCACUGGGGUCAAGGUCACCAAGGCUAAUAAUAGAUUUUUCCGUCACAAUUUUGUUACAGUUUCUCAUAGCGCCUUAAAUAUUUUACCGUUCUCUUACAUAUUUGGCAUGUAGGUACCUUGCAUGGACCUCUACCUUUUGAUGAGGUUUGAGGUCACUGGGGUCAAGGUCACCGAGGCCAAUAAUAUAUUUUCCGUCACAAUUUUGUUACAGUUUCUCAUAGCGCCUUCAAUAUUUUACCAUUCUCUUACAUAUUUGGCAUGUAGGUACCUUUCAUGGACCUCUACCUUUUAAUGAAGGUUUGAGGUCACUGGGGUCAAGGUCACAGAGGCUAAGAAUAGAUUUUUCUAUCACGAUUUUGUUACAGUUUCUCAUAGCGCCGUCAAUAUUUUACCAAUCUCUUACAUAUUUAGCAUGUAGGUACCUUGCAUGGACCUCUACCUUUUGAUGAGGUUUGAGAUCAAGGUCACUGAGGCAAAUAAUAUAUUUUUUUAGGUGGUUAUUAACACAUAGAUUGACAAAGCACAUCAUCGGGGAGCAUCCAUCAGUUUCACUGAUAUUCUUGUAAAAUUUAGAAUGUGUCCCAUGUAUAUGAGAUAUUUUCAUGUAAUCUUGAAACUGUUUUAGUUGUUAUGUGAAGAUUUAACAUUUUUUGUGGAAAAUCAACAUUUUAAUGAUAACAUAUAGUUAUUGAACCCCCAUACAAGUAAUUAGGGAGAUAUUGAAAUCACCAUGGGCGUCUGGAUGGAGAGGUUCUCCAACACUCUUCAAUAUAUGUCAAUUUAACUGGCUUAGAGUGUUCCUUAUGCUAUGAAGUUGUGCAUGUGCAAUUUAUUGAUCAUGUUAAAAAUUACAAAAGUUAUUUCCUUUUAUAUGCCUUCAGCAAAAGGCUUCUCUGUUCAUUUGUUUUUGCGUUCUUUCAUCCACUCAAGAUUAACCCAAAAUUACGUGUCUCAUAGAACACCAAUUAUGUACGCUUCCUUAAAAGUUUUGAUACUUGCAUGGAUGAUGUUUUUGACACUAUCAGCACACAUCAGCUGACCCCAUUUUGACCUUUACUUUUACCUACUUUUGGACUAAUUUAGGAGGUCCAAAGUUUUGGUUAACACAAAAUGGCUUGCUAAAUAUCUUUGAUCUUUGCAUGGGUGUUAUUGUUGAACGCUCUCAACACACCCACACUACAUGAUUUCAUUUUUACCUAACAUUGAUGUGUUCCUAUAAUAUCUUGGGAGAGUUCAAAAUGGUUCAAGUUGGUUGAAAAACAUGACAGCCAGGGAGCGUGGCAUUUUUCCUGACAAUAUAGUAAAAUCUUGUUUGCACUCUAAACGUUACAUUUAUAGUUCACUUUUCAUUGGUCAGAACUUUUGUUCUAAUGAUAUCUUGGGCUGCACAGAACAGGUCAGUUCCUUUGUAUCUUAGGUGAGCGAUUUGGGCCUUUCAGGCCUUCUUCUUGUUAAAUAUGUUAUAGUCUUUCUUUAAAAACCUAAUCAAAUAAUGCAUCAGAGGAAAAACUAUUAAGGCACAGGGUCCAAAGUUUUAUUAAGUUUUAAGUAUUUAUUAGUAAGUUACAAGUUACUAGAUUUUACUUCAUUUGGCAACAGGGGUUAUUUGUUACUACCGUCACAACUUCAAGUUAUUAAUGCUAUUUUCAUGGGCUAAUGACACUUUAAUUAACAAUGUUUCAAGCACAAACUGGCAUUUGCUUUCAAGUUUUUUUAAUAAAAUGAUUUCAUAGCUAAAAUUAUUACGGUAAGAACAGUGAGGUACUGGUCUUUUUCUCUUCUGUUCAAGUGGCUUAUAGGAAUAUAUUUUUUAAAGUGUGAAUUCAAUGGUGCUGGAUCACUUUUGUUGUUUUGAAAUUUAUCAUCUUUAAUUGUUUUUUUAUUAUACGCCCUUUUGGAAAAAACGGGACGUAUUAUAGUUUCAUCUUGGCGGGCGGGCGGCGACGGCCACAGCAGUGUCCGCUCUUUAAUUUAAAUAGUGUUCAUCCGUUCUUCACCAAACUUGGUCAGAAGUUGUAUCUAGACAAUAUCUAGGUCAAGUUCGAAUAUGUGUCAUGCCGGGUCAAAAACUAGGUCACAGGGUCACUUAGUGCAUUUCAAGCAUUUAGCAUGGUGUCCGCUCUCUAAUUGAAGUAGUUUUCAUCCGAUCUUCACCACAUUUGGUCAGAAGUUGUAUCUAGACAAUAUCUAGGUCAAGUUCGAAUAUUGGUCAUGCCGGGUCAAAAACUAGGUCACGGGGUCACUGAGUGCAUUUUAAGGAUUAAGCAUGAUGUCCGCUCUCUAAUUGAAGUAGUUUUCAUCUGAUCUUCACCAAAUUUGGUCAGAAGCUGUGUAUUAAUGAUAUCUAGGUCAAGUUCAAAUGUGGGUCAUGCCGGGUCAAAAACUAGAGCACUACGUCACUUAGUCAUUUCAAGCAUUUAGCAUGGUGUCCAAACCUUCAAACGGGCGUAUCUUGUGACAGUUUGGCACUCUUUUUAUUAUUCGUCAUUGUUUCAGGUAGUGAAAUUAUAUGUUUAUAGAUGCUGUAAUUAUUCAAAGGUGAAACUGUUCAAAUGCAUUUAAGAGCAUUUUUGACCUCUGUAUGUCUCCUAUGUUGUGUUCCGAGAUGUUGGCAUAUUGAUCUCGCAUGUUUCAGUGUGUCUGGUUCUUCCCUGUGUGAUCUCCCUAGUUUGGGUAGUGGUUCCCCCCCCCCCCCUCUGGUUCGGUAGGUGAUGUUCACCUGAUUGUGAGAAUUUCUGUUGUAUAAAACAUGCAGGUUUAGUUUCAACUUGAUUGUAUCAAAAGCCUGUUGGCCGGAAAUGAUACUUGUGAGUCAAUUUUCCAGGAAGAAAUGGUACUUGGAAAGAUCAUUCAAAUGCUCCAGGAACGAUAAUGGGAGCAUGGACCACUCCAUCAUUUGCAAUACAAAUUGGUGUCAAUUAUCUUAAUUAUUUGUUGGUUGGCUAGUUACCACGUACAAAGUUUAACCCAUUUAUGCCUAGCGUCUAGAAAAAAGGCCUAGGCAAACAGCGUAGACCCAGAUGAGAUGCCGCAUGAUGCGGCGUCUCAUCAGGGUCAGCGCUGUUUGCUUAAAGGAAUUUUUGUACGAAAUAUUCUAAAUAUAGAAAUAAAUAUACUAAAAAGCCCUAAUUUUGGAAAUAAAUUGAUCCAAUUUAGAAGGACGGGAGAGUCCACUAGGCAUAAAUGGGUUAAAGUGCAGAAUUGGAAGGGGUGUCAGAAGUGAUGGUUAGUUAGUGAGUCUGUUAGCACUUCUUGCCUGCUGCAUAUUUCUUUAAUUUUUGUUUGAUUUAUGUGAAACUAAAUAUUUUCAUUGAUCUAUAAUGUAAUAUUGUGAUAUGGUUGAGAAUAUAAUUAAGCAGGACAAAGCAGUGUUAUUGAUGAUCUGGGGGACUUUUCAUAAAGCAUCUUUCUUCCCAACCUAAACAAGUUCAGGAAAUCCAUAUACCAAGUAUGUAGUCCCUGUUAAACCCUGGACAUAAGAUCGUUUGGUUAUUGAUCCCACUUAUUUAUUUGUAUGCUUUUUAUGAUAAAAUGUUUUCAUAAAAUUCAAUGUUUUAUUAUGAAUUGUUGAUUGUUGUUAAACAUUCGUUAGAUUUUUGUUGUAUUAUUUUGUUUUACUCUACUGAGCAUUUUAUUUUUGUUGAAUAUUACAUAUCAGUUAAUUGUAAAUGUUUAUAGUUUGUGUGUUUGCAUUUGUAAGAGCCUUUUAUGAGAUUAUAUGAGAAACAUUCUGGUAAAACUAGGCUUAAUGAAUGUGCAUAAAGUGUCGUCCCAGAGUAGCCUGUGCAGUCUCACAGUCUCAUCAGGGCCAACAUUUUCCGCCUAGAAUGAAUUUAUGUUUAGAAGGGACUUUCUUUACAGGAAAAAUUUCAUAAAGCGGAUAGUGUCCUUCCUUAUUAGCCUUUGCAGACUGCACAGGCUAAUGUGGGACAACAGUUACGUGCAGACUGCACAGGCUAAUGUGGGACAACAGUUAUGUGCAGACUGCACAG